AUGGCUACCCAGCUGGUCCUGCUGCUACUCAUCUUCCUGGUCCUGUUCCCCUUCUACGCCAUCUGGUGCAUCUACAAGCCGCCGCCAUACCUCAUCAGCUACCUCCGCCACAAGUUCCCCGACGUCCUCUUCGAGGUCUCCACCACCCAGAAGAUCAUCGCGCUCUCCAUUGACGAUGCCCCGUCCUCCGAUUCCGACGACAUUCUGCAGGUCCUCCGCGAGAACGAUGCCCACGCCACCUUCUUCGUCAUCGGCGUCCAGGCCGACGGCCGCCACGACAUCCUGCGCAAGAUGAUCCGCAGCGGCCACGAGCUCGCCAACCACGCCAUGCGCGACGAGCCCUCCAAGUCGCUCACCAACGCCGACCUCGAGAAGCAGGCCAACGAGGUCAAGGACAAGCUGACCGAGGUCUACACCGCCGAGGACAUGAUCCUGCCAAACAACUACUUCCGCCCCGGAUCCGGCUUCUUCAACCGCCGCAUGCGCGACCUCCUCGGGAACAGAGGGUUCCGCAUCGUCCUCGGCAGCAUCUACCCCCACGACCCCCAACUCCCCUAUCCCAAGCUCAAUGCUCGCCAUAUCCUGAGCAUGGCUCACCCCGGCGCCAUCAUCAUCUGCCACGACCGGAGAGAAUGGACAGCCCCGAUGCUCCGUAUAGUCCUGCCGGAACUGAAGCGCCAGGGAUACGAGAUCGUCACAAUCACCGAUCUUGUUAAAUCGAUAGAGCCUCUAGGCGGCCGAUGA